CGAAACGUGGCAGUUCUAUGAAGUAUGAAUGCUCAACCAAAACUUGUUUUGCUCCGCAAGACCGAAACCCUUAGCCGCGGUUGGCUUUUGCAUUUUCGCAAACAGUUGGCGGCAUCAAAGGCGCCUUUGAUGGUUUCGUGAGUUCUUCUUUUAAUCUAUUCGGUUCAUGAGAUCUCAUUUAGUCCAAUGAGGAAUGCCUUCGCAUGUAUCAAGCGACACCGCCGUAUCACGGCGUUACCAGGAACUUUAUCUGGUGAAGGUAACAUUCAGGUAUUCACAGGGAGCUUUACAUCGGUGGCAGGUCCAAAAGAUAUUGGAAUUGCAAGAAAACGAGACAAAUGGUCGCCAUUGUACUUCUUGCAUCAGAAUUUUUUUUUGUACAGAUAUUCUACAGCAUUCAGUGUUCACGGAGAAAGGCCUUCAGCAGAGUAUGCCAAGUUGAGGAAGGAAUCACUUGAAAAUGAAUUUGGGCACGUUCUUGGAACUCAUAGCUCCAAGAGUAUUUCCGCUUUUUACCACUUUGGCCCAUUUUUGGCUUUGUAUAGAGCAGCAAUCAUCACAAUUCAUAUGCUGAGAUUAACCAUCACGCAGUUUUUCGUUAAAGACAUACAAAAACGUGCGAUCAAGUUCCGCAAGACUCUUGUCUACUUGGGGCCUUUCUAUGUCAAGCUGGGGCAGGCUCUAAGCACCAGACCAGAUAUACUGCCACCUAUAUACUGUCAAGAGCUUGCUAAAUUGCAGGAUCAAAUACCCCCAUUUCCAACACGUGACGCUAUAAAAUCUAUUGAAACCCAAUUGGGUUCUUCAAUUCCACAAAUUUUUGCUGACAUCAGUCCAGAGCCUAUUGCCGCUGCUUCUCUGGGGCAGGUGUAUAAAGCUCACCUGCAUUCUGGAGAGCUUGUUGCUGUGAAAGUACAGAGGCCUGGUGUGGCACGCUCAUUGACCCUAGAUGCCCUGUUAUUCAAUCUGAUUCGAGGACAGCUAAAGCGAUUUGCCAAGGCGCGAAAGGAUCUGCUAGUGGCUGUGAAUGAGAUGGUGAGGCACAUGUUUGAUGAAAUUGAUUACAUUCUUGAGGCUAAAAAUGCUGAGCGCUUUGCUUCUCUAUAUGGUUGCCUACCAAUUGGGAUAACUGGCAAAUCAAAGAAAGCAAACCGUGUUAAGGUUCCUAAAAUAUAUUGGGAGUUUACACGCAAGGGAGUGCUUACAAUGGAGUGGAUAGAUGCAAUAAAACUUACUGAUGAGGCUUGCCUGAAGAAAGCCUCCUUGAACAGAAGAAAACUGAUUGAUCAGGGACUAUACUGUUCUUUGAGGCAGUUGCUCGAGGUAGGAUUUUUCCAUGCUGACCCUCAUCCUGGAAAUCUUGUUGCAACAUACACUGGCUCUAUUGCGUAUUUUGAUUUUGGAAUGAUGGGAGAUAUUCCUCGACAUUUCCGCGUUGGACUUAUUCAAGUGCUGGUACACUUCGUUAACCGUGACUCUCUAGGUUUGGCAAAUGACUUUCUUUCUCUGGGAUUCCUCCCUGAAGGGGUUGACAUACAAUUAGUUUCAGAUGCAUUGCAGAGAUCCUUUGGUGACGGGACAAGACAAUCUCGGGAUUUUCAGGCUAUAAUGACCCAACUAUAUGAUGUUAUGUAUGAAUUUAACUUUUCUCUCCCCCCGGACUAUGCAUUGGUGAUAAGAUCACUCGGGUCACUUGAAGGCACUGCAAAAGUUCUGGAUCCUGAUUUCAAAGUCGUUGAGAGUGCAUAUCCUUUUGUCAUUGGUAGGCUUUUGGCAGACCCAAAUCCAGACAUGAGAAAAAUUCUGAGGGAACUUCUCAUCCGUAAUGAUGGAUCCAUAAGGUGGAAUCGUCUUGAGCGCCUGAUAACAGCAAUAUCAGAGCAAGCUUCUGAUUCAGGUCAGGAGACCCCUAAUAAUGGAGAAGAUACCUCCAAUCCCUUAGAAUGGAAAUCAUUUGACAUGCGUGCUGUUGUUGGCGCCACUGAAGAUCUUCUACAAUUCAUUCUAUCGCAAAAGGGGCAGAGGGUUCGUGUUUUUCUUCUUCGAGAUAUAAUUAAAGCAGCUGAUGUUUUCCUCCAGGAUGAAGUUAUUGGUAGCUUUUUUAACGAGAACCCUGAAGCAAGAGGAAGUACAGUAUCUGAGGGACACACGAUGCUCCUGAGGGUUGCUAAUGGUUUCCAAUACCUCUAUCAAGCAGUUAAGUUGGCCCCGGAGCUGUGGACAGCAAUGCUUAUACGCAUGGCAUUGAAGCCGGAUUUUCAUAGAUUUAUGUUUGACAUUAUUUCAGGCUUGGCCAUGCACUCGAGCCACAGGCUUCCUGAUGCCUCCUGGGUUUGUGUGUCUAGAUUAAUGCACGACUGGGUGAAAUAAACGCAGGCGUGAUAAUCAAUAAAGAAAACAAUUUCUGUUACU